AUGCUGAAGCAAUGUGAAACUGGUGAGGUAUGUACUGAUAUUCACAUAUUUCCUACAAAUUCUGAAGUUGAUGAAUAUAACAUGCUCAGGCUUCAUGAGUGUUGUCCUGACGUGAUCAGUAUUCGAGCUCGAGAUUUUGUGAGGAAUCCUAAAACUGGACGAAUGGAACCCAAGGUUGGAAUGCAUACAAAAGUUUUCAACUCUUGUUUGUCUACAUUUGUUUCCUUGGGUGUUGGAGCAAGAGUAAUGCUAAAGAAAAAUGUGGAUGUUUCUGAUGGCCUUGUUAAUGGAGCCUUUGGCACUGUUGUCCAUGUAAGUGAAAGUCAGAAACACGAUGACGAUGACAACGAUUUCCCCUCAGCUAUUCACAUAGAAUUUGAUGAUCCAAAUGUUGGUAAAGUUCAGCGAUCAAAACAACAGCCAAGAUUUUCCAAAAAUGCAACUGUAAUUGAAGCAGAAGAAGAUCAAGUCACAAAUGAUGGUGGCAUAAGACGUCAGUUUCCACUGAAAUUGGCAUGGGCGUGCACCGUUCACAAAGUGCAAGGGCUUACAGUAGAUAAAGCUGUUGUAUCCCUUAACAAGAUCUUUGCUCCAGGACAAGCAUAUGUUGCAUUGAGUCGUGUUAGAACCAUUGAUGGAUUGAUAAUUCAAAACUUCAAGGAGUCUGCCAUAUAUUGCAAUGAUAAAAUUGAGCAAGCAAUGAAAAAUAUGGUAAAAUUUUCUUUAGAAAAUAAUACUUUCAAAAAUACACCUGGUAUAUUUAGAAUUGCUCUUCAUAAUGUGCAAAGUCUUCAAGCACACAUUCAAGAUGUUCGCGCUCACAGACAGCUUUUGAAUGCAGAUUUUAUCUGUUUAACUGAAACAUGGUUAAAACCUGAAGACAAGGAAGAUGAAGUACAGAUACCAGGAUUUAUUUUUAAGCAUAAUCCAAGAGCUAAUUGUUAUGACAACAGCAGUCUGCUUUUCAGUAAUUUAAAAUGCCAACGAGGAGGAGUUGGAAUAUACUGUUGUGAAAAUGUGGUUUCCAAUGUCAUCAUCCAGAAGCUUGUAAUUUGGAAUGUCUCUACUUGGCAAUUCCACAUUUGA